CUGUAGUUAGAUAGAGAGCGCACGGGGCAUUUUGUAGCAGUACGGAGAUCUCUGAUACGAUGCAUCAAAUAUCUUAGUGCCCCAGAAUGAGGAGUCAUCUGUUUCAGAGACAUGGAUAAAUAUGAAAAGGUGAGGAAGAUUGGGGAGGGCUCCUUCGGGAAGGCAAUUCUCGUCAAAUCCAGGGAGGAUGGAAAACAGUAUGUCAUCAAAGAGAUUGGCAUCUCCCGGAUGUCUAGUAAAGAGAGACAGGAGUCCCGUAAAGAAGUGGCUGUUCUGGCCAACAUGAGCCAUCCCAACAUCGUCCAGUACAAAGAGUCCUUUGAAGAGUGUGGAUGUCUGUACAUUGUAAUGGAUUACUGUGAGGGGGGAGACCUAUUCAAGACGAUCAACUCUCAGAAAGGAGUGCAGUUCCCUGAGGAGCAGAUCCUGGAUUGGUUGGUGCAGAUAUGCCUCGCCUUGAAGCAUGUACAUGACCGUAAGAUCCUCCACAGAGACAUCAAAUCACAGAACAUAUUUCUGACCAAAGAUGGAACCAUACAGCUAGGAGACUUUGGGAUUGCCAGGGUGCUGAAUAGUACUGUGGAGCUAGCCAGGACAUGUAUCGGGACGCCAUACUACUUGUCACCUGAGAUUUGUGAAAACAAACCGUACAACAACAAAAGUGAUGUUUGGGCCCUGGGGUGUGUCCUGUAUGAAAUGUGCACGCUAAAGCAUGCAUUUGAGGCAGGUAAUAUGAAGAACCUGGUUCUGAAGAUCAUCCGGGGCUCGUACCCCCCUGUGUCGAUCCACUACUCCCAGGACCUUCGCUCUCUCAUGGGCCAGCUGUUCAGACGCAACCCCCGGGAGAGACCCUCUGUCAGCUCUAUCCUCGACAAACCCUUCCUCUCCCACAGAAUCUUCAGGUUCCUCACCCCAGAGAUUAUCGCUCAGGAAUUCAGCCAUAGCUUCCUCCACAAGCAGCCUAAAGCAGGUGUGGCGCAGGCGGCAUCAGCCAAGCGUCGUGCCCCUGCUCCCAUGCCUGUAACUCCAGCCCAGAAGAUCACCAAACCAGCCGCCAAAUAUGGAGUGCCUUUAAAUGUCAGGAAAGCCUCAGAUGCAGCCAUGAAACCUGCCGAGUGGAAACCAGCUGUCAAACACAAGAUGGCCCCCGUCCCCCUCCCAGCAGCACCCCAGAGGAGAGUGAGUCGAGUGGAGGAAGAGAGGAGGAAAUAUGAGGAAGGUGCCAGGAAGAAAAGGAUGGAGCUGAUUGAGAAAGAGAGGAAACAGAGGGAGCAGAUGUUUCUGUUGAAGGCUGGACAGAUGAAGAGAUAUGAGCGGGAAAAGAUAAACCGGAUCAACCGAGCUCGAGAGCAGGGCUGGAGGCACGUCCUGAGCUCUAGUGGAGGCAGCAGUCCAGAGAGGAAGUGUUUUGUAGGAGGUGGUGGUAUGAUGGCUGGGUUUGCAGCUCCUGUCCCAGAGCCCCUGCUUCCUGCUCCAUGUCCUGCCCAGGGCCCCACCCCAGGCCCUGCCCCACUCUCCCCUAGCAGGGGCCCGUAUGAACACUACCAUGCUGCUCUGGACCAGCUGGCCAAACCUCAGCCCAAAGAGGGUGCCAGAGAGGGAUUCACAGCAGGAGGAGACACUCCUGUUAGGGGUUUGCCAGCUGCUGCCAGCUCAGUGCUGCCCAAUGGCCCUGCUCGUCUCCCAGACCCUGAUGUGGUGAAGAGAGAGCUACGGAGGCUAGAGUAUGUCACCAAACAAACCCAUGUUAGCAGGCAACGGGGUCACGCAGCAGUUGAACGGGCCAAUCAGGUUCAGGAGUUUCUGCAGCGUAAGAGAGAUGCCAUGCUGAACAAGGUCCGCGCUGAGGGACAGCUGUUAUGUUCUCAGGAGUACCUGUCCCGGCUGAGGCAGAUCAGGCUACAGAACUUCAAUGAGAGACAGCAGAUCAAAGCACGCCUCCGAGGAGUGAAGUACGACAGUGAUGGCUCAGACGGCAAGGAGUCCUGUGAGGAGACCGAGCUGAGGAGAAAGAAGAUUGAAGCCCUGAAGGCCCAAGCGCAGGCCCGUGCUGCUGUGUUGAAGGAGCAGCUAGAGAAAAAAAGGAGAGAGGCCUAUGAGAGAGAAAAGAGAGCCUGGGAGGAUCACCUUGCAGCUCGAGGCGUGAAGGUUGGAAUGGUAGCAGGAGGUGUAGCAGUAGAGCUAGCUCCUCCCCCUCGGCCUGGCCCCUCCCUCCCUGUACAGGACGUUGUAGCUAGAGCCCAGCCUGCAUCCAAACCCCCCACCCCUGUCAUCUCCAUGACUUCUGCUCUGAAGGACGUGGGAGCACAGCUUGUGUCUGUGCAGAGCUCUUUUAAAGAUGACUUUCCUAAAACGGACGUCAUUAAGAGUGAGAAGAAGGAGAUUCUCCGGAGACUGAAUCAGAACUUGAAGGCCCAGAGCCCUGAGGAGGAGGUGUCAGCCACACCCUCAGAAGAACUAUGCCCCACCCCCCAGCCGAGCCAGCCUAUCGCAGAGGAGAGACCAUCCUCUGGUGGGGACAGGAAGAAGUGGGAGGCUGUAGCUCCGUCUAUUCUCUCUGUAGCCCAGCAGACUCUAGAAGAGACCUGUAUCAGAACGACUGGCUCUCAGGCUCUGUCUCCAGAGGAGAGACCGUCCUCUGGUGGGGACAGGAAGAAGUGGGAGGCUGUAGCUCCAUCUAUUCUCUCUGUAGCCCAGCAGACUCUAGAAGAGACCUGUAUCAGAACGACUGGCUCUCAGGCUCUGUCUCCAGAGGAGAGACCGUCCUCUGGUGGGGACAGGAAGAAAUGGGAGGCUGGAUCUCCGUCUAUUCUCUCUGUAGCUCAGCAAACCCUAGAGGAUACCUGUAUAAGGACCGCUGAACAGACAGUGGGUGAGGUCAUUCGGAUGGAUGUGCUUCAGGACGACCCCCCUAGAAAAGCAUGGGGGCGGAGCCCGGAUUCUCAGGUGCUGAGAGUUUUACAGGAGGCGGAGCUUCAGCCUCUUACCCAGCUGCUGGGGAAUGUCAACAUCUGUGAAGAGAAACUCACUGACAACUUGAAUCAGACGACUAAGAUGGUUGGUGUGAGUGGAACUAAGGAAGUGAUGCAUUCAGAGGCAAGCCCACCUGCUGUGAUAUCUGUCGCUAAGAACACAGAGGUCCAAGGUCCGGAAGAGGGGACAAUCUCAGUAGACGUGAUGGGUCAGGAGAAGAGGCAGGCUAUAUUAGAAGAGAUGCUAAAGACCCCACCCAAACCGAUAGAGAUGGAGGAUCCAGCAGACUUGGAGUCAGUGGUCCUGGAGGAGUGCCCAAAGCAGGCCUCAAAUUCACCAGCUGGAGUAGUGCAGGCCUGGGAGAAACGAGCCCUGCCGCUGGGGCCACCAGAGGGCAGAGUAACACCAGUAGAAACCAAAGAGGUUGGGGAGAAAGCAGAGAAGCAACCUGAAUCCUCCGGUAUAGCACCUGUGUAUGAGGAACCUCUGUUUGUGAAGCUGUGCUCCUCACCGGCCCACCGCCGCACUGCAGCUCUGGUUCUUAUGUCAGCCCAGUCGUCCAUGGAGGACUCGUCCUCUUCUCUAGCCUCACGCUCUCGCUCCGUCUCUCCUCUCCGCUCCAAACACCACAAUGCCCUCCUCAUCGGCCUCUCCACCGGCCAGUUUGAUGCCAACAACCCAAAGAUGCUGCGUACCUGCUCUCUACCAGACCUCAGCAGACUGUUCAGCUCUCUACAGGAGGCAGGAGGGGCCAACGGGGCAGUUGCCCCUGACAAUGACAACAAUCUGGAUAUAGAGGACAUGGAGGAAGAGGAGGAAGAAGAGGCCAAAGAGGAUGAACAAUCGGAGACUGAAGAUGUGUAUGAGGAUGAUGACUUGAGGGAGUUAAGGGCCUCCAUGGAGAGACUUCUGCAGGAGGAGCGCAGCGAGGAAGAUGAGGGGGGAUCUGGCUCUAAUUCUGGUAGUCCUCCAGAGGAAGAGGGAGGUGAUGGCUUUAACGGCAACCCUGCUGAGGAUGAAGAUGAUGAGGAGCUGAACGGGAUGGCUGUGGAUGAGGAGGAGGGUUCUAAUGGGAGUCCAGGUGAUGAAGAGGUAGGACACACACUCACCAACGGACUGGAAGAAGAGGAGCACCACAGCAGUGAGAGCCAGCUCAAUGAAGAAUGGCAAUCGGAUGACAGUGGUGAGGAGGAGGAUGGUGCGGCUGAACAGCAGGACAGCAUAUUCAGCCGUCUGGAGGAGCUGCGGUUUAACCUGGAGCAGGAGAUGGGCUUUGAGAACUUUAUAGAGGCCUACAACAAGAUCAAGGCAAUUCAUGAAGAUGAGGAUGAGAACAUCGACAUGGGCCCCGACAUGGUACUGAACAUCCUGGGGACUGAGCACCAGCACCUGUACCCCAACAUCCUUCACCUGGUCAUGGCUGAUGGAGCCUACCAAGAGGAUAAUGAUGAAUAGGGGAUAUGCGUCCAAGCCACUGGCAGCUUCUGACAAUCUGCUAGCCAUCUGAUGUGUUCCCAAGGUGCACUGCAUGUGGUAGACGACUCUGCGUGGAGGGUUGGGGCCAUAGAUGGAUCUGGGAGGGGUUGGAGCCAGGCUCUGGCACAGUUGCAUGAUUGAAUAGGCUAUCUAGUACACUGAUGUCUGUAUUUCCUACUUCCACACAACACCGGACUCACUCUUUUUUAACUUCAUGUUCAUAUGAAAGUGCAUUAUCAAGAAAUACUUUCUGGUAACCAAAGUUAAAUGGAAGGUUUCGUCAAACAUAAAUCUGUCUGUAUCUGUUGGAAUAUAUUCAUGGACCAGCACCAUAUUAAAUGGUCAAUUUAAAGGUCAAACAGGUGAUUGUACAUGUGAUAUUCCUAAUGCUGGGGUUAGGACCACCCAGUCACCAUCCUCACAAUACAAACCAGGUCAACUUCUAUAAAUGUGCAAAACAUAUUUUCCAUAAAAACCCGUUGGACCUCCUUUUUUAAAAUUACUUUUUCAUACAGCUAAAUGUUAUCUAAUGCAUUUUCACAUUUCUUACCUGUUCCGUUAACCCAAAAAUAUGUGUUCAGCUCAAAAGGAAGAUCACUUUUUGUUUAAGGAUGUUGUAUGUUGGCAUGGUAGCAGCUGCAAGGGACUGCUACUUGUUUGCUUUAUGUCAAGUCAGAUUGUUACUCUGUUAAGAGAAUUGUAAAGAUAUAAAUUACUGGUAAUGAUAUCGAUUUUAAAGCGUUAUUCUUAUUUGAUAAUAAAGGAAAUAUUGUAAAUAAAUGCUUUUUUCUAA